UUGCUUCAGACCAAAAUGGCUGACUUGCGGGUGCGAGUCCGUGAGACUUUUCGAUGUGCGUCAAUCCGUCCGCAUUUGUCGCAGGGCCGCAAGAUAAGCCACGACGUGUCCACGGGCGUCAUCCAGAUGAUGGUGGAGAAUUUCACCCGGGAGAGCGAGGGCACCUACACGGUGCAAAUCCACGACGGCAAGGCCAAAACGCAGAGCUCCCUGGUCCUGGUCGGAGAUGUGUUCCUGGCUGCUCUGAAGGAAGCCGAGUUGCAGAGGAGAGACUUUGUCAGGAAGCAAGGUGAGCUACCAGGGUUGG